AUCCUAAAAAAAUACGUGACUUGAUGAAUGUUGAAGGGCUUACAAGGGAAAAUGUAGCUAGCCAUUUGCAGAAAUACAGACUUAGUCUCAAACGACCGUCUAAACAGGCUAAAGUAGAUGCUGCACUAGAUCCUCUCCAGCAAAAGGGUUCAGUACGUGGAUAUGGAGAUUUUUGCACCUUACCUGGAUCAAGAAGAAUCUUAAGUAGCACACUGCCAACAUAUGCAUCUAGUGGCAUGUUUUGUCGGCUGAACGCACCAUCUAGUUUGAACUUUAGACGAAUGAGUCCUUCUGCACCAGUCCCACCACUUCAGUCUCAAAACAUUCUCAGUUUCAAGCAGCCGAUGUUUUCUGCAAGUGAAAGCUUGAGUUUUUCCCAGGGUGUUCGAACAUCGGCGGAAAUUAACCAGUUUCAGCGGAACAUUUAUCCGCUUGGUAACAAGAAUUUAAAUCCAAUUGAUUAUACAAGUGCUUUUACAGUUUCUUCUGGCUUCCAAGACAUCAGAGAUACUGUUAAUAAUGCAAAUAGUUCUCUUUCUUGCAUCUCAAGCAAUAACCUAUCAACACAUAAUUCAGGAGCAUUUGUAAAUCACUCUUCUGUUGGAGGGGCUUACGUGGAACCAAAAUCUUUUAAUCCUGCUACAUAUGGUUCAUCUAACUUUGCUUCCAAUCCUUCUCCAUUGAGUGAGGAUUUUAACAAUGAUCAAAUUUCUGGCAAUAGCUUAAAUUUUGCCUCUCCCAGUUCUCACUUUAGGAAAAGUCCAGUUGAUUUUUCUUCGACACUUGCUGUUCCUUCGGAGGAAGCGAUGCAAUGUCAAGAUGGCUUACUUGGGAAUGUUGUAAAGGCUUCAUGUUACACGACGCAGCAGCAAAAUGUCAGCUCUUCCUUCAACAAUACCUUGGACUCUCUUGCUUCUUAUAAUGAAGACACUAGUUCCAUGGUACAAAGUGUACCCCAAACAAAUAGUCAAUUAAUGACUCAGAUGCCUCAAGUUGAGAAAUUUUAUUCAGAUGCAAGAGUGACGGAACCACGUGGUGAUUGCUUUUUUGAGCAACUGCUAGCUCUAGACGGAUUGAUUGAGAAUAGUUGUGUGUCUUUGGAUGACACAAUAAGUGAAGCGGUUAAACAGCAGAGUCCAUCUGAUUAACCAAGGAGCAUCAAAGCCAUGAAAGUUACUCCAGUCUUGGAGCUGUUUCAUCGAGAAGUUUAACUAGAAGCUUGGAUUUAUCUUAAAAUUUUAUUUCUUGCAUCCCAAGACUAUUUGAACUAGAAUUUUCUGUAGCCGCAUAUCGUAGCUUAUGGCUGGCCGUAACUUAGAGGAGAUUUAUCCUAUGUCUUUAGUAUUACUAGUAUGUGCUAGCA